GUAUACGAAUAAUAGUGGACAACUCUAUACAGGAUACCAUAGCUAUAAUUCAAACUUUCAUUGAGAAUAUAAUAAUAUUGAAAUUUGAUUAUAUUCAGACUGCGUAUACACUAUCCUUUGUACAAGCUAUUCAAAUACCUGAUAUAACUGAUAUCCAUACAUGGCAUUACAUGAAUGAUUUAUAUUUAGGCAUAGCAUCGCAUCAUAAUAUAUCAAUUUAUAUUUGGACUAAUACACACUUUGAUUUAAUACAAACUUUAGAUUUUGGAGCAGAAAAAUUAACAUUCUUUAAAAAUAAAGGAUUUAUGAAUCUCAUUUGUAUUUCAUCUCGCACAAUAAUAUUACGUUAUUCUUUACAUUUGAAUAAAUUUAUGAUAAUUCAGACAUUACCUGCUAGCAAUGCUGUUGUUACAUUUGAUGUAAUCAAGGGUCAUCUGAAAGAAUAUUAUAUAUGUUUGUCUACGGAUAAAAAUACAGUUAUGUACAAAGAAGUACAUGGGUAUUUUAUGUCAUUUCAAGAAAUAUCUAGCGCAGAAAAGAUAAUACCAUUAAUAGAUAAAAAUGCAGUUGUAUUAUUGUCACUCUAUAAGAAUGUUGUAACAAUUUAUCAAUACGAUGGAUGGAAAUUUGUAAGAUUAAAUGCAAAAGUGUCAGAAGUCAAUAAUAUUUAUCUGGUUUAUAUUCAUGAAAAUAAAUUAAUGAUCAUAACACAUGGAGUUUCUACAUGGAAAUUAUUAAAGCCAAAAUGGGGUGAAAUAAAAUCUUUAGUUGGAUUAAAAAAUGAAAUAAAAUCUUGGUGCAUUAAAGCUACAGCUAUUGCACAGAGAAUACCUAAGGCUACAUUAAUUUUAAAAACACCAUUGUCUAUAUUAAAUGGUCAUAUACGUGAAAUUGAUACUCAAAAUAUAAAUGGAUAUGAUUCAAAAGAAUUGCAAAACUUAACAAGACAAUACGAAUAUUUGAAUACACAAAUACAAGCAAUGAAUGAUUAUUUAAAUAAAAAAAUAAACAAUAGUAAUGUUCAAUAUAAAACACUACGAGCUAAUAAAGUACAAGUAACAUGUAAAUCACAAUGCAAGGUUAAUAAUGUAAUAAUAACAGGAAAAGAUAAUCCAUUGCUUAAAUUAAAAUCCAUAGAAGACAUUAAUCAGAAUAUAACAUUUUCAAAUUUAAAAGUAGAAAACAUUAAUAACUUCAAGUGUCCUAUUAUUGCAUUAACACCUACAAAUUUGCAUCUCAAAGGAUUAAUCAAUAAUGUUUCAUUGUCAGAUUUACAAGAAAAUACAUUAAAAAUAAGCGGUGAUCAAAUAGUUAAAAGUGAUCACAUUUUUGUUGAAUUAGACGUUGAUCAUAGCGUUGUGCCAUUAAAUAUUGCUACAAAUUUUACAACCCAAACUGUACACGCAAAAAAAAUUACAGUAAAAGAAUUGCAUUUGGAGAAAGAUGGAUUUUUAUUACCAUUAAAUGGUCCUCCAUCUAAAAUCUCAGGAUGUAUAACAGUAAAAAAAGUAAACGUAACAGGGCAAAUUACUUUAAAAGGAGGAUUGAAAGGUAAAGGUGCAAGUUCAUUAAUGCCAAUUAAACGUGUGUCAGACUUUAUGGAAAUAAACGGAAAUCGUAAUUUCCAAAAUAUUACCAUCGUAAAUACACUGAGAACUGAAGACGUAUACAGGCAAAAUGGCAAAUCUUUAAAAGUUAUUUUGGAUAAUGGAAUAUUAAUAGAUAAUAAAUUCCCACGACAUUUAAUAUUUUCUAACAAUAAUGUGGUUUGGAGAAAUGUUACGAUAAAAAAUUAUAAUAAUUGGGUAACAGCUUAUUCUGAUAAUAAAGUUAUCAUUUCAGGAAAAAAACAAAUUAAUUAUGAUGUGAUAUUACCACAUUCAGCUUACCCAGCAUCAUUGAUUCCAAAACUUAAUUUUUCCUUAUGCGUUUCAACUGCUAAUGUUUCAAACUUAAAAUUAUCUAAUGUACUGAUAGAAAAUAUAAAUGUAGAUAAUUUGAACAGUUUUCACGUAUUUGGAGCUAAAGAAUUAAACUCUACUAUUUUUGAGACAACAACUUCUAUCGAUACUAUUGAUUUAUCGAAAAAAUAUUUCAUUGGUGUAACUAAUGUAAAAGAUAUUCUACCAUUUAAUAUUAAAGGAUUUAAUCUAAAAGGAUUUCAAGAAAUUCUAAACACGUGGAUAGGAAAAAACAUUUUUAAAGAUAUUCGAAAUGUAACACGUUUGAAAGUUAAUAAUCUUCAAGUUCCUGCAAGAUUUACAUUUCCACUUCCUACUACAGUUAGAAAUGUUAUCUCAAAAGGAAAUACUUAUGCUAAAAUUAUUAAUGGUGAAGAUAUUGAACGUUUCAUGAAAAAUGCUGUUAGAAUAGAUGAUACAAUUUCUUUAAAUAAUAUAACAUUUAAUAUGGGAUUAAAAUCCAACAAUGUACAAUUUUCCUAUGGAUCACUUAAUCUCACUGAUCCAGCAUUUUAUCCAAAUUUGCAUUCAAAACAUAUUUUGGGUAACAUGCAAGUAGGAAUGUUAAAUAUACCAAAACCUAUCAUUGAUAAAACAUACAACACUUCAAAAAAUUAUAUAAUACAAGGUAAUGUAACUUUUACAUCUGAACCUAUUGUACAAAAUAUAAAUAACAUCAGAAAUAAUAUCACAAAGACAUCUCUUAAUGUACCACAUUAUGGUUCUUGGACAAAUAUGUCAUACAAUUUAUUAAGUAAAACUAAACCUCAAGUAAUAAAUGUUCCUUGUUGGUUUAGUAGUAUAGAAAUUGACAAUAUCAAAGGUUCUAAAAAUUUAUCUAUACAAUCUUCUGAUUCAUACAUAAAGAAUAUAAUUGAAAUGUCUUUUAAAAAAAAUGAGACACAAAUAAUUAUAGGCAACUGGCAUUUUGAUACAUUAAUAUUACCAGGUGAAGUAAAUUUACAAGGAAAAAUUAAUAACAUGGAUUUAAGAACCGAUAUUAUGAAACAUAGUAGUGAAACAAAUGUUGUUACCGGAAAGAAAACAGUUUUAGGAUUGACAACUAAAAAUUUACAUGGAUUAAAUUUCAGUGAAUGGUCACAAAAUGCAGUAUUAUCAAAUCACCAAAAUGUAAUUGUAGUUAAAGGUCAAAAGACUUUUGCUAAUAUAAAUCUUUCACAUUUAAGUUUGGAUGGUACCAUAAUGGGGAAAAAAAUUGAAAAUGCAUUACUAAAAUCCAAACCGCAAAUUAUUAAUGGCACGAAAAUAUUCGAUGGUAAUAUUAAAAUGCCGAGUCUAUUAAUUGAUGGUUUAGUGAAUGAUAUUAAUUUGACAAGUUUUACCAGUAAUCUGUUAAAGAAAAAUAAGACUGUACAAAUACUAGAGACAGAUAUUAUUUUAAAAGAUAGUUUAGAAGUAUUCGGAAAUAUUUUCAUUGAUGGUCUUUAUAAUGGUAUCAAAUUAAAUAAUCUUAACAAAGAAUACGAAAAACUGAAAUCUAUAGAAAAUAAUUUAACAGAGAUUGCGGAGGUAGUAAAGGUAGCAGGAACUGCUUUAAAUAAUCGAGCCUUUUUCUUAAAUAAAUUAAAAAUUUUGAAAAAUAUUAAUGCAUUAACAACCUAUUCAAAUAAUAAUUACUUACAAAAUAAUAUUAAUUCUUAUUGCGAAUUAAAAAAUGUAUCAUUAUUUUGUAACAAUAUUAAAAUACAAGGCUUUAGUCUUGGAUCGAAUAUAAGUAAUUAUACAAGACUUCAAAUUUUAUCUGUUAGAGAAAAUACAUUUAUUGUAUUGAUUACAUCUGAUUGUGUUUCAAUUGGCAAUAUUAUUGAUGCAAGAUUUUAUCAGAAAAAAGUUUUUUGCGUACCAAAUAUUCUCAAAGCAUCAAUAGAAUCUGUAGGAAAUUCAUUAUGGAUUAUUUUACAAUUACCUUUAGAAAUGUUAGCGUUUCAUUAUGUUUCUGGGGAUAAUGUCAAACAGUAUACUUUACCACCUUCAAAUAUGCUUAUCACUGGUAUACUAUCAAAUAAAGAAUUAUUAAUGCUUCGAUCAGAUGGAGUUUGGAAUAUUAAUGAACUUGGAAGGCCACGACAUAUAUUUCAAACAAAUUUAACAGGAACAAUAGAAACAUUUUUUUAUGAUAAAGAAUAUUAUUUAAAAAAUAUAAAUAAUGAUGGUACUGUUUUCAUGAAACCUGUAUACGUGGGUAAUUAAACUGCAUCAGAGAUAAAAUGAAAAAUGUUACAUAUUUAUCUGUGAUAUGU